CCCUUCCGGCCGGCGCAUGGGCGGGGUUGCUCGGCCGUGCAGCUUCUCGGCGCUGGGCAGCUGGGGAGCGGCGGGACUCGGGGACGAGGCGUCCCUCCUGGCCCGGGGACCCUGCGAGGGGCGCGCCCGCCCCAGCCUCCAUGCAGGAAUUCACUGCGUCCCUCUGGCGUCGCGUGGGCCCCCUGCCCAGAGCAACGGCACUCCUUUCUAGGCUCCUGGGCGCCACGGGGAGGAGGGCGAGGCUCGAAGACCAGCUCCGUGCGGAUCGAGGUGGAGUCCCCGGGCCCAAGGCUGGCGAGGCUCUGUCAGGCGACGCCCUCUCCUUGGCUUCGACACCGCUGCGGGCCCACACACUGCUUGGGUGCACGUUUGCCCUUGGAUCUCCCACCACUAGUAAUCCAGCCUCUCCCUUAGACCCCGGCUUCUGAGGACAAGUGAGGUUACCACGGAGUAUCCUGCUGCAGGGGGAUACCCAAAGCUCCAUGUUACAAGAGGCCUGGCACAGAGAGUGAAGGAGCUACACUGGAGUCGCACAGCAGGUACCAGCACCCCGGCCUUUAGGCCAGGGUUCUCAUCUGCUCUGACAAGGUGGAUUGAGUUUUCUCCGUGGCUGUAGCAGUCAUCAGGCCUACAGGCCUGUGAAACGAAAAGACCAAGACAAUGACCUCAGGUCUACGCCGCUUUUAAUAAUUAAAUAUUUUAUUCCUUGGUGUGCACGGGACUUAGAGAAGUGAGUACGUCCAGUCUCUGCCAUUAAGCACCUGCCAGCUUGAGUUAGGCAGACAAGACGAUUAUCUAGAAUGUUUCCUGAGCAGCAGUGUGUGCAGGCUACAGCCAAGUAACCAGGGAUUCAAGGAUGAAAAAGACACGAUCCUCGCCCUGAAGAGCCCUCGGCUCGUCGGGAGACUGCCACGUCAGUGACAAGCCACACGUGGAGUGACGGGAGUCCUGGCGGGGGCACAGUUCUUGGAGCACAGCCGGCAGUUGUCGGGCUCAGUGGGUUCAAGGACCACCCCUCUCCAUCAAGUGGGUCAGCACAGAGCCAAGCUGAGUUUGCGCCUUCCCUGGGGAGCCGUGGGCCAGAGGGCUGAUAGCACUUUCCUGUUGGUUCUUGGUUCUCAUCUGUUUCCUACACCUGAGCUCAAACUCCAGCCUGGCUGACUGGGGCCGUGAUCCUCUGCCCUGGUUCCGCCUACCUCCCCGGCAGAGAUGCUCCCAUAUUUGUGCAUGCUUCCCUCAGCCUAGAUGGCCUUCCAUCACCCUCAGUUCUGGCUCUCACCUGAUGCUACCUCCCAGAAGCUACCUCCAAUAGAGCCUUCAGAGAAUGACGUUUACCUGAAUCCAAGUCAGGUGUAUCUAAGCAUUUUCGUUUAGAAGAAACCAGACUCUCAAACUCUUGUCAAGUUGGGAAACCUGUCCAGUCAUUUUAUGCGUUGCCUCUGUGCAUGGGAGAGUGGGUGAAAGCCCAAGUACCCCCUUUAACUUAAAGGGAAUUCAAAGCAUUUGUACCUCAAAACGUAUGUCACUUGGGACAUUAUCACCCAGAGCACCACGUUUUAGGGUGAGACAGCCUGUCAGGAGAUGGACCUCCCAGUAGAUCGGGCGACCAGCACAGGUCAUGGGAGGUCUUCUCAGGGAUGACUUGAGGACUCAGAACACGAUCUGCUUUCUUUGGAAAGUGUUUUCUCCUAAUCUUGUGGAGGAUUUCUUCUGCUAGCAGUUAAAGAGCCUGAAGCUUGUCAAGGCUUUAUCCUGGAAUUGCAUUAGUUAGCGCUGAGGGAAGAGGCAGGUCAACAAAACUCAGAAAUAAUACAGAAAAGCAAUAGAUGAAGGUUCUUAACCAAUGAGACGUGAGCCAUGCUGGUGACGCUUCUACAAGCACCUACCACUGGAACCGACUGAUUCCUGUUUGAACUCGUGGUGAAGUUGGAAUUCUUUUAGAUGGGAUUAGAGACAGAGAAUGUCAGAUUUUUUAGACAAUGCAAGCAAGAUCGUAGUUGAUUGUUCCCUGGGGUUUUGGCCUUCAGUGGAUGAGUUGGCUCCAGUUAAGUGCCACAAGGAGAAUGGGAACCGGAGUUUCUGUUCCAGAACUGCAGUUACCAGCUUGGGAAAAUACAGUGUUGUGUCUAAAGCAAGACCUUUCUGAAGAAGUGGAGUUACAAGGAAAUUCGUAAGGCUGGAGAAUUUUGCUGCUGGUCAUUCUCCUUGGCCCUUGCCGGCUUCCAGUGGUCCUUCCUCUCUCCUGGGGACAAGAAGGAUGGAAAAGCCCACAGGCAAAAAAAAGAAGGCACAGACCCCAGAGGAAGAAGUACGUGUUCAGAAGGACACUCCCAAGGAAGAUAAAGCAUCUAGGAAAAAGAAGCCAAACCAGAGAUCCACUUUGGCCAAAAAGCACAGUAAGGAACCCAGCCUGAGUCGUGAGGACGAGGAACACAUGUUUGAGGCCUUCAGUGCUACAUUUAAAGAUGACUUUGAGGGGGUUCCUGUGUUCACUCCCUUCCAGAGGAAGAAGCCCUACGAAUGCAGCGAAUGUGGGCGCGUCUUUAAGCACAAGACGGAUCACGUUCGCCACCAGAGAGUCCACACUGGAGAGAAGCCCUUCCAGUGCGCCCAGUGCGGGAAGACAUUCAGGCACAGCUCCGACGUGACCAAGCACCGGAGGAUUCACACCGGAGAAAAGCCCUUUAAGUGCAGUGAGUGCGGCAAAGCCUUUAACUGUGGCUCAAAUCUCCUAAAACAUCAGAAAACCCACACUGGAGAGAAGCCGUACGAAUGUAAGGAAUGUGGGAAAACCUUUGCCUACAGCUCAUGUCUUAUUCGCCAUCGGAAACGUCACCCACGGAAGAAGCACUGAGUGUGGGCAAGCCAUCCAGACUCAGAGCUUUGUGCCCGCGAAAACUGUCCUGGCAGGCCUGCCUGGGGCUCCUCCUCCCUGGCGUCUGAUCGGGCUGGGGGUCCUGCCGUCACCAGGAAAACCACCCCAGCCAGGUCAGCAAACACCGGUGUGGCCAGAGACCUUUCUGGUCUAGAGAAUCUCCAGGGCAAGACAUCAUGAUAACAAGGCAGCUCCUCACAGCUGUGGCACCAGGGAGGCGAGUGUACAAACUGCUGUCCAGGGGACAGGCUUCAGACCCGAGCACAGUCAGCACCUCCCACUGCCACCUCCGCCUGUGACUCCCAUGCUGGCUUCGGCCCUCCCACCGGCUCCUUUGAAGACUGUGCUGCAGACCUUUGGCCCACUGGGUCCCAAGUCCAUCUCCAUGCAGCCCGGCAGGAGGCCUGUGGCCCUGAGCUGGAUGGCAGUGCUUCCGCAGCGAGCACUGGGGACCCCAGUGUCCCCCUGGCUGGCUCUGGUGGCGGUGCUCUGCUUUGUCCUCUGCCUUCCCUCCUCUCUGGAGAACCAUUCCUUGAACUUGGCCCCUGCUCCCAGGAACUGGGCUCUCUGUGUGUCCUCCCACAUCAGCCAUCAUCCCAGCUGAGCAGCCUUGACUUACCAGGUGGACCACUCAGGACACUAAAUGCUGCCACUGUGGGCGCUUCCUGCCCUGGCCGUGUGAGGCCCCGGGAUGUUGACAGCAGCUUGGAUGCAGCCUUUGCCUGCCAUGCGGCCUUUCAGACACGAGACGGUGGGCCUGCCCCCCAGGGCCAGCUCUCCGUGCAGGUAUUUCUGUCCUUUUUCGGCUGUGAAAGCGGAUCCGCCCCAAAGCAAGAAGUUCCUGAUGAAAUAUGCAUGAAAAAGAACCUCACAACUAGCAAAACUUCCACGUUCCUGAGCUCCAGGGAGGAACAGAGAUCAAGAAGGAAGGGAAGAGAAAGGCCGUGGACCCCUGCCCCGAGCUCGAAGUUCACUGCCUCCUGGCUGCUUGCGCACAAACUCCAGCCACCUGUCAGCAAAGCCGGGAGCCGGAGGUCCUCCCCUUGACCAGAGCCCCUACAGGAUCCAGGCCCAGCCACAGGGCGAGGCUGACACUGCGGACUCCACGGACGGGGAUUUCCAAGGCCUGAGGACAGCCGUCCCUUGGGGUGAGCUCCCGGCGCCCCGGCCCCACUGCCCACAGCGAUCUCGGCACUGGGCCGCCCCGGUGUCAGGUACGUCCGACACAACCUGUGAGCUCCCCGAGGGCCCGCGUGGCCUGUGUCCCUGCAGCCUCACCCACGCAGCAUUCUGGUCCCGUUUGCCUUUAGUGUCCUGCCUCUUGGUGUUACUGCGUGUUUGUUUCCUGGAGAGCUUCAGCACUGGGGAUGCUGCUCUCCUCAUGCCCCCCUGGUGGACCGAGGUGGCCAUGGGCUACAAACGCCUGUGCACAGCGGGUGGCCUUGGGCCUGUGCUGGGGCGGACGCUUUCCCCAGUCUAGUGUUUCUGACUGUUAUUUUUAGUCCUAGAAAUGCAACUUUCCAACUAGUCAGAUUUGUUGAACUUUUACUUGAUUAUAUUUUCACAUCCUUCAGUCCGUGGAAAGCAAGUGUGGUCUACCUUUGGGGUAGAUGUUCUCUUUUGUUCUCUCCUCGCUUUCCCGGGGCUUGCUUUUCACGCGGUGUUCUCUUAACCCAGACGGCUGUUGCGCUGGUCCCCACGUUUCUUCCCAGAUGCCCUGGGCAUCCGUCAGUGCUUCCUUGUCCUGCUGCCUCUGGAUCUUGUUUUCUCCUACAAUAAACAUCUGUUCUGACCUGUU